AUGCGUCCGCAACUUUCCACUCAGCUGUUCUUCUGGCAGCGCUACUUCUUCUGCGAGCAAGAUGGUGGAAGUUCCAAGGGCCAUGUAGUUGGAAAUCUAACUCUCCAAAGAUCCGAUUUCCCUCGAGCAGUGCAAGGACUCUUGUUUGAAGGAUUGCCGCUGCCUGAGUGCUACAUACAUGCUCGCGGGGACAAAACGGUGGUUCAUCACGUCAACUUAGUGAAACUUUUGGGCUACUGCGCUGAGGGAAGCCAUCGUUUACUCGUCUACGAGUUCCUGAGCAACGGAUCACUGGACCAAGAGUGUAUUGAUCUCUGGGGAAUGAGGUUCUCGAUUGCUCUUGGUGUUGCAAAGCGCAUCACGUACUUGCACAAAGAGUGCUACGAUUGCAUCCUCCGCGACAUCAAGCCGCAAAACAUUCUCCUCCACGAGAACUUCUGUCCAAAGGUGUCGGACUUUGGCCUGGCCAAGCUCAUUGACAAAGAGCGGGCUCUCGACGUGACCACCAUCCGAGGAACUCGAGGUUACAUGGCACCUGAGUGGGUUGGCGACCGUCCCAUCACUUCCAAAGUGGACGUCUACAUCUACGGCAUGGUGCUACUGGAGCUGCUCAGUGGCAACGACAAGUCGAGAAUCAGCCAGAACCGCUACUUUCCAGUGUGGGCUUUCCAAAACUCCAGGCCGAGCAUGAGCCGGGUGGUGCAAAUGCUGGAGCAGCCCGACUUGGAGGUGGCUGUGCCGUCGUUUCCAACGCUAGAGUCGGAGAAAGUGCUGAGUGGGAAUAGUCCGAGCUUUCUUCCUCCACUGUCACAGUCGGUGAUCGAUCCAAGAUAG